UGGAGCCUGAGACCGAGUGGGAGUGGAGUGGAGCGGCCGUUGUUGCCGACUCUUUUCUCCUCCCCACGGUCCAGUCAGCGGGCUGAUCAGGCCAUCGGCCUUCGAGCCGAGACUUGUCCUUUAUUUAGCUCUGAGGAGUGCCUGGCCGACAUGAGUGAUGUAGAGGAGAACAACUUCGAGGGCAGAGAGUCUCGCUCUCAGUCAAAAUCUCCAACGGGAACUCCUGCUCGUGUAAAAUCGGAGAGCAGGUCAGGAUCUCGUAGUCCAUCAAGGGUUUCCAAACACUCUGAAUCCCAUUCUCGAUCAAGAUCAAAAUCCAGGUCAAGGUCAAGGAGGCAUUCUCAUAGACGUUAUACUCGAUCCAGAUCCCAUUCUCACUCUCACAGGAGACGAUCUCGAAGUAGGUCAUAUACACCAGAAUACCGGCGGCGAAGGAGCCGAAGUCAUUCUCCAAUGUCUAACCGGAGAAGGCAUACAGGCAGCAGAGCAAAUCCAGAUCCCAACACCUGUCUUGGAGUGUUUGGCCUCAGUUUGUACACAACAGAGAGAGAUCUUCGGGAAGUAUUUUCUCGAUAUGGACCAUUGAGUGGCGUUAAUGUGGUUUAUGAUCAGCGAACUGGGCGAUCGCGAGGAUUUGCCUUUGUGUAUUUUGAAAGAAUAGAUGAUUCAAAGGAGGCUAUGGAAAGGGCAAAUGGAAUGGAGCUGGAUGGUAGAAGAAUUCGAGUGGAUUAUUCUAUCACCAAAAGAGCACAUACACCUACACCAGGCAUCUACAUGGGCAGACCAACUCAUAGUGGUGGUGGCGGUGGAGGUGGAGGCGGAGGUGGAGGCGGAGGAGGUGGCAGACGUCGAGAUUCUUACUAUGAUAGAGGAUAUGAUCGUGGAUAUGACAGAUAUGAAGACUAUGAUUACCGGUACAGAAGAAGGUCACCUUCUCCUUAUUAUAGUCGAUACAGAUCACGAUCAAGAUCUCGUUCCUACAGCCCAAGACGCUAUUGAUAACGGAAUAGUUGCAGUUAAGGACUUUUUUCCCCUUUAUUUUUUUUCUCUCUCUCUCUCUCUCUCUCUCUCU